CGAAAGCAUUGGUGGCAUGAACGUCACGACAAGACAUGACUGGAGGCAGGAAAAAAAUGGAACCUUGUGGGGAAAGGGAGGAGGAUCAUGUGCACAUGAUUUAUCAGUCUCCUGGUUUGGACCCCCCAGAGGACUUCAUUUCUGCAGAGUCACUGUUCCAGAACCCACCACUGUCUAGUGCCGCCCACAGGAGGAAAAAGAGACAGAUAUUGCGAACUCCACGGAGUGUUUCAGAUGAGACCAAAUAUAUAGAGCUGAUGGUCAUAAAUGAUCAUUUAAUGUACAAGAAACAUCGCCUUUCUGUUGGACAAACUAAUAACUACGCCAAAUCUGUUGUAAAUAUGGCUGAUCUGUACUUCAAAGAGCAACUCAACACUAGAAUUGUCUUGGUUGCGAUGGAAACAUGGGCUGCAGACAACAGAUUUAAUAUCAAUGACGAUCCCAUGGUGACAUUACGAGAGUUUAUGAAGUACCGAAGAGACUUUAUUAAAGAAAAGUGUGACUCCGUUCACCUUUUCUCGGGCAACCGUUUCCAUAGCAACUGGGGAGGAGCCUCAUAUAUGGGCGGAGUCUGCUCACUCACUAAAGGAGGCGGAGUCAAUGAGUAUGGAAAGACCGAAGAAAUGGCCAUAGCUCUCGCCCAGUCACUAGGACAAAAUAUCGGCAUAUUUUCUGAUAAGAAACGCAUUUUAAAUGGGGAGUGCAAGUGUGAAGAUAAAUGGUCUGGCUGCAUAAUGGAUGAUGUUGGCUUCUACUUACCCAAGAGAUUUUCUGACUGUAACGUGGAAGAGUAUCAUGAUUUCCUGAACAGUGGAGGUGGUGCGUGUCUCUUCAACAAACCUUCAAAGCUCUUGGAUCCUCCAGAGUGUGGAAAUAGUUUUGUGGAGGCAGGAGAGGAGUGUGACUGUGGAAGCCCAGCCGAGUGUGCUAGAGAAGGGGAGAACUGCUGCAAGAAAUGUAUGUUGACUCAGGGAGCCAAAUGCAGUGAUGGUCUCUGUUGUAAGAACUGUCAGCUGGAGUUUAUGGGUGUACUUUGUCGUGACGCUGUCAAUGAUUGUGACAUACCUGACAUGUGCACUGGGAACUCCAGCCAGUGUCCUCCAAACCUGCACAAGAUGGAUGGGUACACAUGUGAGAAAGACCAAGGAAGAUGUUUCAAUGGCAGGUGCAAAACCAAGGACGGACAGUGCAAAUACCUCUGGGGAGAGAAAGCAACAUCGGCUGAUAAGUUUUGCUAUGAGAAACUCAACAUUGAGGGCACAGAGAAGGGCAACUGUGGACGUGACAGAGACACCUGGAUUCAGUGCAAAAAACAGGAUGUACACUGUGGAUACCUGCUGUGCUCCAACAUUUCUCCUGCACCCAGACUAGGAGAGUUACAGGGAGGUUUGACUUCUUUCUCUGUGGCCCAGCACAGCGCCUCACUGGACUGCAGUGGAGGCCAUGUGCUGAUUGAUGGCAACACUGAUUUGGGAUACGUAGAGGAUGGAACGGCAUGUGGGACAGAUCGCAUCUGCUUUAAUCACAAAUGCCUCCUAGUGCAGGAAUUCAACUUCAGCACGUGCCCCGGCACCAACGAAAGGGUGAUCUGCUCCGGACAUGGGGUGUGCAGUAAUGAGCUCAGGUGUGUGUGUGACCUGGGCUGGGCAGGUGAGGACUGUAACUCCACCUCUCCUCUGAGUUACCUGCUGGUGCGACCCACAGCCAAAACACCAGGCACCAUCACUACUAACAUCAUCAUCGGGGCCAUUGCAGGCUCUAUCCUGGUCCUUGCACUGAUUCUUGGCAUUUCUGCAUGGGGAUACAAGAGCUACAGACAGCGUCAGUAUGUUGAGUCAGAUGUACACAGAAGAUUCUGUCGUCAAAUGCCUCCUGGUGAUUACGUGAAGAAGCCUGGAGAUGCUGAUUCUCUGUACAGUGAUAUGCCGCAGGGCGUGAGCUCAAACUCCGGCAGCAGCUCCAAGAAGAGGUCUGCCUAUCUGUCUCACCUCCAAAUCAACACCUGCUCUUUCACCCCAUCUAUCCCUUCCAUCAGCCAAAACAUCUCUCUGUUCGGCUUCAGAUCUAAUGGUCUGUCUCACUCCUGGAGUGAAAGAAUCCCAGAUGCCAAGCACAUUUCUGACGUCUGUGAAAAUGGACGACCCAGGAGCAACUCAUGGCAAGGAAACAUCACAGGUACCCGUAAGAAGCUCAAGGGAAAGAAGUUCCGUCCACGCUCCAACUCCACAGAGACACUGUCACCCGCCAAAUCGCCCACUUCUUCAACGGGCUCCAUCGCCUCCAGCCGGAGAUACCCCUACCCCAUGCCUCCCCUUCCAGAUGAGGAGAGGAAGGCCAACAGACAGAGUGCCAGGCUGUGGGAAACGUCAAUAUAAAAGAACUCCUCGAAACUGGUCUGCAAAACUCCGUAAGGAUUUUCCUCCGCUUUUGUAUGAAUGAGAAAAUGAAAUAAGAAAAUAAGGAAUUCAAAUGGAGAAACAAGGGACGAGUGAAUGGAAGAGUUGGGCGUGGUCUCCUCUGAUCUCUGUUCAGCAUUUGUGGCAUGGAGCAGUCUCACCCUGGAUGUUGAGGAGCGUGGUAUCAGAUUUCCAUUCCUGCUGUCAUUCAUAAACAGGACUCAGGAACACGAUUUCAUCACGAGA